AACCAGUUGCGUCAUUCACAUAACAUACCUGACUUUAUUCCUUGUUUCCGUCUAUUAAAAAUCAACGUGGGACUAGUUUACAUGUGAAGAAAGUGUUAUGUUACGACUCGAGGGAAUCGGUCUUCAUUGAAUUGUGUUUUAUUUUGUAAUAAAUAGUGUGCUCUAGGCCGGUCUCUCCUGACCUUGGUAAUCAAAAAUGGAAGACGUGUUUGUGCGAAGACAAGAGAGUGACUGCACUCUGGAGUUUCUCGGCGGAUCUGAAAAAUCGAGGCCUCCAUAACGACGUGUGACAGACAUUCUGCCUCUCCGUGAUCUGAGUAUUCCUGUCAGAUGGACGAAAGACGACAAAGGACUAUUAUUUCGAUAAUUGGAUUCUCAAUUUCGAUAAUUGGAUUGUCUCUUUUGCUAAUUGGAUUCUCUGCGGCAUGCAGGUGAUCUCUGAAUGGAUUUAAUAGGAUUGCUCUGAAUGUAGCUGCUUUGGGAUUCUAUCAACGGUCAUGAUAAGGGUUGUUCUGAAUGUCGUUGUUUGAGGAUUAUAUCAGUGUUCAGCGGAUUCGAUGGUAAGGUGAUUCUAUGACAAUACCAUUCGGCGGUCUUCGCUCUACGUCGAGUUGUAAGACACUUUUCAUUAUGUGAAAGAAGAAUGUUUGACUUAGUUUUUCAAGACCUCUUACUUAAGUUUGCUUCAUAUUCCAAAUUAUUGAACAUGUUGUGGGCACAAUUGAUGUGUCAUUUCGUACUUGGUCGUAACGCACACCGACUUGCGUCUCCUAGUUGUUACAAAGACGCAAGCCACGAGGAAUUGUACAGUCGUUUGAGUUCCAGCCUGUAAGUCGUGUCCAACAUUUUGGGGGUUUGUAAUCAGACGCAUUAUGUCUUUCAAACGCCCGCGUCGCAGCUUACCUAGCCUGCCCACAACUUUGACUAACCCGGAAACAUGCCCGGACGAGUUCAAGGUCGCGGACCUGCCACCUGGCCGUGUGUCCCCAAUCCUGGGUCAAGGCCGUCUGUCUCCUAGUGGCGAGCCUGCCGGUCGAAUGUCUCCCCAGACCGGCCGGCGUUCGGCUUCUCCUGUGUCGGGUAGGCGGCGAGUGUCGCCGGUCCGUACGCCCGGCAGGAUUUCCCCAGGACUCAAGCACCAGCCAUCCUGCUUCGGGGGGUACGCUGGUCGAAAUACGCCCGGCAUGCCGGGUACGCCGACUGCGGUUAGCGGUGGUGCCAGCCCCUUUGGUCUGUUGGGCCGCCGGCCGCACUCGACCUCCAGCGGUCUAGGGAGUGUGUUGUUCCAGCACGACGUGUUGAGGAGGCACCACUCUUCUGGUUGCUCCUACAUGUCCUCCUCGGCCUCUGGGAGCCUGGGUUCCCUUCUCGGGGAUACGAGUCAGAGCCUGCGCCACCAGACCAGCUGCCCGGGCAACCUGGGCCAGUUCACUAGAUCUCCGCUGUCGCACGAGUUGAAAUUCCACCACCAUUCCUCCGUGGACAGCCAGAACAGCCAACAUUCCAGCAGUUACCAGUAUAAGUCAGACUCUAGUGACAGGGACACCCCAGACGUGUUUGAACGACCGGCGUCUGCUGAGAGCCGCUACCACCCGGGUGCUGGGUUGAUCCAUCAAGGUAGUAUCCCUUACGCACAUCACCAUCAUCACCACCACCACCACCACCAUCUUCACCACCACCACCACCCACACCAAAACCAUCACCACCAGCAGCAGCACCACCACCACCAACAUCCUCCCCCGCCUAGAAUUCUUAAUGACGCUGGAGAUUCUUUUGAUUCCGACUGCUCGACUGGCCGACCAGGCACACCGUCAACUGGCCCAGAGGAAUGUCCCUUGAGUCCUCGUCUCCGGUCCCGCCUCGUGCGACAGUCGAGUCUCCAACGCAGCUUAACAAGCGGUAGCGGAGGCGGCAGCGGUUCUCAGACGCCGAGACAGCUCAGCCCGUCCUCGUCGCACGCCACCCUCCGCGGCGACAGCCCGUCGCCCACCGCCUCCUCUACCUCGCCGUCCUCGACCCGCUCCCCGGACUGCCUGCCGUGCCCGGAGAGCUCGCGUCCGCCCAGCGCGGGCCUGAGUCCACCGCGGAGCCCCGAGCCGCCGCUCCAGCGGAACGAGUCGAUGGUGUACGAAGAGGACGUGCCGGUGAUCGUGCGGCGCCGGGGCUGCAUGCUGAGGGUCAGGAUCACCUCCUUCGUGGACGCCGACAGCUCGGAGGGCGAGGGCGCGCCGGACAUCAUUACGCCAGUGCCAUCGGACUUCCACAGCCCCGCCACCACGUCCCCGCUGCCGUCCCCUCUGUUGCGGAAAUGCCGGGAAGAGCUUCCUUUCGGCGGCGCCCCUGGCGGCCUGCGGCGUCUUCAGCGCACCCUGUCCGAGGACACCAAGCAGCGGCGCCGCGAGAGUAUGCCGUCCACGCCCACCGCCACGGCCCCGCCCCCUCCGCUGGCGCACAGUGUGACGGUAGGCGCUGGUCGUUCGCCUCUAUCCCGUCCUCUGGCUAUGGCACCAACACCCCGGGCAGUUCCAAUGUGUCGUCGCGCUACUCCUCCCAGGAACGCUUGCACCAGUUCCCGUCUCAUCCCACGGCGGAGGAACUGCACUUCCUGUCCAGCCACUUCGGUAGCUCGGACAACAUGGCCACAUCCCAUGACGAUAAUGACCUUCACCCCCACGCCAACAUGAGGCCAAGGUCGCGAAGUUUAAGGCCACUGCUCAGAUGGUGGAGAAGCUGAAGAUGUUCAUUGACAGCAACGCCACUCUUGACCUGGCUCAGGAGUCAGACGCUGUGCUCUGCUUCUUGCACUAUCAGGUUCUGGAGCUGGCACGGGACUGCCUGAACAAAGCAGCCGAGAAGACAGUGACCAAGACCUACUUCUACGAGAUGCUGGACAAUCUGGAGAGACUGACAUCACCCCAGUAGAACAGUUUGACUCAGUGGAUCAUGGUCCGGGUGUGGAGGAAGACAAGGAGGAAGAAACGGAGCCAGAGGAACAAGAAGUGGCCGCUCUGACCAAAGUGAAACAGCCAUGUGAAGAAGACUACGACUCUAUAAAGCUCAUCAGCAAUGGCGCCUACGCAGCUGUGUACUUGGUACGACACAAAGAGACACGACAACGAUUUGCCAUGAAGAAGAUCUGCAAGCAGAACCUGGUGCUGCGUAACCAGAUAGAGCAGGUUUUCCUGGAGAGAGACAUCUUGUCCUUCACCGACAAUCCUUUUGUUGUCUCUAUGUAUUGCAGCUUUGAGACAAAGAAACACCUGUGUAUGGUUAUGGAGUAUGUCGAAGGAGGCGACUGUGCGACUCUGCUCAAGAAUGUGGGUUGUCUUCCCUUGGAUCUGGCAAGGAUGUACUUUGCAGAGACAGUGUUGGCCCUUGAGUACCUGCACAGCUAUGGAGUUGUACACCGAGAUCUCAAACCUGAUAAUUUGCUCAUUACUGCGCUGGGCCACGUCAAACUGACAGACUUUGGACUCUCCAAGAUUGGACUCAUGAGCUUGACAACCAACUUGUACGAAGACGCUCUCGACAAGGACUGUAAGCAGUUCCGUGACAAGCAGGUGUUUGGCACGCCGGAGUACAUCGCCCCUGAAGUGAUCCUGCGUCAGGGCUAUGGCAAACCUGUGGACUGGUGGUCCAUGGGCAUCAUCCUGUACGAGUUCCUGGUGGGUUGUGUCCCCUUCUUUGGCGACACCCCGGAAGAGUUGUUCUCUCAGGUGGUGAAUGAGAACAUCCAGUGGCCGGACGAGGAAGAGUGGCAGGUCCGCGACGACGCCAAGGACAUCAUCCUGGGAUUCCUGCAGCACGACCCCCUGCAGCGUCUGGGUGUGGGCGGGGCUCAGGAGGUCAAAGAGCACAUCUUCUUCUCCUGCGUCAACUGGGAGAGCCUGCUCCGACAGAAGGCGGAGUUUGUCCCGCAGCUGGAUAAUGAGGAGGACACGAGUUACUUUGACAGCCGCAUCGACCGCUACAACCACGACCUUGAGGCCGGGGAAGAGACGGAGGAUGACGGGGAGGACAUUCUGUUCCACAGCUUCUCCUCCUGCUCGCCACGCUACUCGCGGGUCUACAACCGUGGGCUGGAACCGCUCAUACACGAUGAAAUGCGCGAACGUAGACGACACUCAAGUGCAGACGACUUCAGAGCAAGAGUUUUAGAAAGAAGGGCACUGGAACGGAAGGACUCCAACCAGUCAGAGGGCUCCGAGGGUUCACUUGAGAUGAUUCGUCGCAAGGACAGCAUACUGUCGGACACGACAGACAGUCACAGUGACCGUAGCCACCGUGAGGAUGAACAUGACACACUUGGACGCGCCAGUGACAACAUGAGUGUGUCAGACUCGUCACAGACGGACAGCGACUCGUGCAACUCCCCACAAGUGUCCCGGGCCAACAAGCCGCCCAUCAAGAGUGUCAUUCCCAAGUUUGCCAUCUCCUCAGAGGAGGACAAGCCGCCCAGCCCCAAAGAGUUGUCCCCAGUGGAUGAAGGGAAAGAAGGCAGCAAAGAGAAAGCGGAGGCUCAGAAGGGCAAGACGGACAGCAAGUCCUCCAUACAGAAGUCUGUCUCUGCCAAUGCCCUGACGCUGCUCAUCACAACCACAGGAGAUGAAUUCUCCGCCCCCAAAGCCACAUCACCUGGAGGAUCUAGCACCAGUUCUCGGGACGGCUCUCCCAACCGCGACACGUCACCGCUCACACGCAGCCUCAAACCUCCCAUCAUCCUGAAGCGCGGAGCCCGAGGGUUUGGGUUCAGCUUCCGCUCCGUGCGGGUCUACAUCGGAGAGUCGGAUGUGUAUACUCUACAGCACAUUGUCACGGAGGUUGUCAACAACAGCCCAAGCUUUGAGGCAGGCCUGCGUGCUGGCGACCUGAUUACACACAUCAAUGAUGAGACCGUGCAGAGUUUGCUACACACCCAGGUGGUUCACCUCCUCAGCUCAGGGAACAUCGUCAACAUCCGAGCUGUUCCUCUCGACAAGACCAGCAUCCGCGAGGGCUCUCGCCGUAAGGGUGGCAAGAUGGCACGACGCAGCCAGAAGAAAAAACAACAAAAGGACAAGGCAGCAGAGAAGAAGAAGGGACGUAACCUUUUGCGUCGGCUCAGCAACAAGAAGACAGAGCCCUUGUUCGGCCACGGCCCCCCACCCCACCACCACCCGCCCGGCCGGCAGCAGUUCACACCGCUGAGUCGUUCUUGCUCGACCGGAGAAGGGACUGCAUUACCACAUCAUGCCAAGUUGGGUCGGUCACCCCCCAUCUCUGUCCCGUGGUCCCCCGAUUCGUCACAAGCUGGUUCUUCGACCUCAAGUUCACCUUGCUCCAGUGCUCCGGAUUCUCCCGCCAAUCAAGCUGCAGCCGCGGCCCACUUUGGCCGGCCUAGCUCUCUCCAUGUUGUCAAACACAAGAAGACAGCUAGCCUCAAGUCCCCACACCGUCGCAAGUCGGUGCACAACUUCCCACUGUCCCCCUUAGCACGAACCCCAUCACCCUCGGCAACAACAGCCUCCCCAGCCCGAAGCCCCUCCCCCUUAGCCCUCCCACAAGGUCAUCAGGCUGGCAGCUCGAACUUGCCCCAGCAGACAAUCCCCGCCCACCACAGCUCCUCUCAGCCACACGGCACCACAGCCCCAAGCUGUAAGAAAGCUCUGCACACCUCACCGGUCAAGGUAAGCACUCAGCCCUCAAGCAGUGACAGUUCCUCCCACCACUCGGUCAAACCGUCGCUGAACAGACCCAAAAGCUGUGAACCAGGCUCGCCCAUGGUGAGGCGGAGGUCCUCACCGGAAAGACUUCACCCCAGCUCAGCUGUACAGAGGCCGCUCGCGAGCGGUAGUGUAGGAAUGGACAAACUUCCUCCACCCCACAGGAAAGUAUCUCUGCACACGGAGAAGUCAACACCUCCUCCUUGAUUCUAGUCUUUGACAGUCUGAUACGUCUUUUAAGCCGAUUCCGGCCUCCCUCUCACAGUUGUCGCAUAUUCAACUGGCGAGGGUAAACUGGUCCCACUCCUUGUUUGUGGAUUUGCAUGGUGAAAGUCAGCUGUUGUAUUGACCUGGCUGAGUGUCCUCAAAAUAUCACCCGAUGUUCCCUCGCUGGUCAUUUGGCAGAACUCCCUUGGAGAUGCGGAGCAACCCUUGCGUGACCGUUAAACAUGUUUAGCUACCACAUCUCACGCUCACUUUGUAUCACCUCUCAGACUCGCAGUUGCUGGACAAUUACUUUGUGUUACCUCGAAGGAGCUGUUUCCGCUACUGAUGUAGACUCUGCAGGCUUUACUGUGUGCUCUUUGUUCUGUGGAGUGUUGGGACCAGUGUCUGUCAAGUCACUACUGGCUGGAGACUGAGGCAACUUUGUGACUACUACCGGAGGGCAACACAGCAGCCUGUGUAUUUACGAUGUGCGUAACUUUCUGUUUUGAUAUUAAUUAAACUUUUGUUUGACUAUGAGCGUGUUGGCAGGGCCACACCAUCUCACAAUGUGAUGUAGACACUGCUCAGACUGUAGUCACUGUUGUACAGGGAAUAGGCUGGAGACUCUCUGUUUUGUUGCCCGACGAAGCUGCCCUGUGAUAUCCAGGGGCUCCCUGGACUGGUGGGGUGGUUAGCACUUGUAUGCCGAGCUAGUUAAGGAAAGCUGCAAGUGAUAUAAAAGGUGACCACAUCCUAUUCCUUUCUCAAUGUUCUCUCCAUUAAAGCCACAUAUCUUUUGCACUUUUUUUGUUUAAAAAAACUUCUUGAUUGGAAUGUGAAAGAACUAAUUCAUUGAUACAGAAAUUUCAACUUUUUAAAGAUUAAGACAGGCUUCUGUGGUACAAUGGUUUUCUUGUUCAAGAGGCCAGAUGGUCUCUGUCAGUGUCAUCUCAUUUAGGGCUAGAAUGGGACAGGCUUUGUGUGCAGAUAGUAAAUCUGGCUUUUUGGGAAGUGUUUAUUGUGGCUUGCUGUUCGAUGUUGUAGGGCUUUGAGGUAGCUUCUCCUCCUGUGUGUGCCGUGUGAGAAGUUACUAGCGUUCGGACAACGAUCUCGGCGCUUUUUUUCUUUUCUCUCCUUCCCUGCCCCCCCUACCCAAUGCCGCAGCUCAUGUGUUCAGUGCAAUCAUCGGGUUCUGUACAUUAAUGCCAUUUUUCUUUCAAGGAGUAGCUUCUGGGGUCGGGACGUACACUUGUCUAGGGAGAGAAGUGAUGGAAGUGUUACGUGUUUUGUGUUAAUUCUACUGAAGACAAAGAGAUCUGCAUAAUAUAGACCCUCCUACGCUAUUUUCAAAAAAUCAAAUUUUUUUUUCACUUACGUGGAUUAUUUAUUUUGUUCACAGGUAUUUAUAAUGGGGAGCUAUGUAUAUAUAGAUUUAAGUAUAAGAGUGGUUUGAGGUGAAAAAAUAUUUCUACCCUUAUGACUUGUCAAUUCUCCUUUGAUGGGAAACUCUUUUACUUCCGUAGGAAUUCCUUUAUCCUUUUAAUGCAAUUUCCAUACAAAAAUUGACCAGCUUUCUGCUCGUUUUCCAUUUCAUUGAAGUAAAAAAGUGCUUAGAAUUCCAAGGGGAGAAAAUUACCAGAUGACUUAUAUAGACAAAUGAGCUGAAAAUGAGAUACAAAUGAAUUGUUUUUUCUAUCCAUAGCUGUUAAAGAGGUCAGAAUAAUAAGGAAAUAUUGCUUAUAAAGAUGUGGAUGGAUGUUUACAGAAGUAUCUCUGCUAAUCAUUGCUAUAAAUAUAUUUGUAUGUUGUUUGUAAUUGUUUGUUUUUCCACAAUUGCCAGCUUUAAUUAUUUCAUUACAAUCUACUGUAGGUAAUGUUUAAAGUAGCAAAAAUGAAAUGUCUUUACUUUUUUUUCAUGUUCUUUGAAUUAGAUUUUGCAGCUCCGAUGAAAUAAAAAGCCUGUAGGGUCAAGUUGUUAUAUAAAGAGAAUACAUUUACGGCAAUAUGCUUAAAAUGCCUCAACGGUCCAGCUUAAAGUCUGUGUUGAAUGUAAAUCAACGGUCAACACGCCUUAGGUAUGACUGGCAGUUAGGAGCGGUCAGUCAGGGUCAGUUCCUUGCUGUAACUGCAUCAGCUGCCUGUUGUGUGCACAUUCCAGUCUGCUUUACCUCACGAUACUGGCAGGGGACUUGUUAGAGCAACUAAUGAAAUGAUUUUUAAAAAUACUUUGAUAAAAGACAUCUCUGUAAAGAAAAAUGCUGUUUAUCCCCCUCAAAAUGUCUUUAAUUUCUCAAGUGUUGAAAUCAGCUGCUCUUUUUUCUGCAAGUUCUUUCAAUUAUCUAUAAUAUUUUCAUAGGACCUGUACAUGAUGUGCAUUUUUUUAGCUAACGAUAGACUGAAAAAAACAUUGGGGUUUUUUUUCUUUUUCUUUUUAAUUGAUCUGAAUGUAGCGUAACAGACAUUGUGGAGAUGCUUGCAAAUGGAUGCUACAACAAGUUAUAGCCCCAGGUAAUAUGACCUUGGGAAUUUUUUUUUAUAUCUUCUAAGACGAUGAUACACACUAUGGGUUUCUAUCAAUUGUACAUAUUUGUUCAGGUCGAUACUUUUGUCUUUCACUCCAGUGUACAGUUGAUGACUUAGUGCCAGUGUGUUAGAGGGCAUGAGGUUCAGACGUCUACCCAGGAUCUGAAUGUUGUGAAUAGUGACUGCUUUCUUCUUUUUUGGGGGGGUUCGCAACUCUACAUAAGGUCAUACGGUUGAGUGAUCUCUAUACCAUGUGUAGUAGGAGCUUUUUCUGCUGUUUAUGUACACAUACUUUAGUGUGCAUUACUUCUAGUACUGUAGUCUCUGCCUAAAGAGUGGGAGGAUAGAAGGACUGGGAUGUCUGACUGAAUUCAGAAAGAAAUUACUUUUCCGACUGGUUCAUGGAGCCAAAUAUUCAAAUAUCUUUACUUGCCCUUUGUGAUAGCAUUACUCUCUAUUACCGAAUUAGCCUUGGCUUUUGUAAAAUAUCGCUCAAUCUUGGCCAGUUUUGCAGAACGAAGCAUGCAUUUCAAAAUGGGUUUGGACUUGGUCUAGCACAGUAAUCAUAAUGAAAAAUCUUUCUUUCUUGUGGCUAAAUUAUUAAUUUCUUUGAGCAGAGGGUGAGUUUACAGUGUUUGUGUAUAGGCAGAGACUACUGUGUUCUGCAGGUAUUGCUGUUUGUUCCUUUGCAGAAAUUGGGAGUAACUGAAGAAAAGCGUCUGAUUUAAUUAUCUUCUUCCAUCUUUUUGGUCACAAGGGAGGCUGAGGGAGGGGGGACUAUAAUGUCUUUUAUUUUGUAAUCUAAUAGCUUUGCUGAUGCAGCGUCUCAACAGUUCUUUAGUUCAGGGAGGGUAAAACACUUUCAGAUCCUGGCUAGAUUUAUAACUCCAGUGCAACAUUGAGGUAAUAAUAAUGUGUUGUUGUUUUUUUUUAUUUUUUCUUUCUACAAUUCUUUAGAGAUUUCAAACUCAGUGCUCAAUGGUAUUAUCAGUAUGUCAUGUGGUGCUUUGCUCUUAAUUUUCUGUAAUUUAUUUUGUCUUUUUUCCUCGAGACCGAGAUGACGUAUUGACCUUGGAAGACAUUAGGUCUUACCAAGCCCAUAGUGAGCUCUUGUAAAUGUUUAGUUGCUCCAAACUUUCAAUGUUUCCAUUUUCUUUCUUAUACAAUACGAAUGUAUGUUUCAAUGUUGUCGUCCAACUGUAAAUUAUUCUUUUUUUCUAAGAAACGAUAUUUCACGUCCCCACGUUCACAAUGCCCUCAUGACUUCAUUUAGACGGAUACAAAGUGUGAUUGUGACAUGACAUCAUGUGCCGUGACUUGGGGGAGAUACUAGCACUUGUUGUUAAAAGAGUUUCACGGCCCUUGCAACACAAGUAGGCCUUAUAAGUGCCGAAAAUUAGAGGUGUUGCAAGAGAGUAACAAACACAAAAAAAAGAUGGAGAAGAGAUAAGGGUAAGAGAUGUUUGGUAGGAAAGAAGGCGCAAACCACACCAGAGCUCCUGCCAUCCAACCACCCUCAUUUUAUAUAGAGAUAGAUACAAAGUGGGAUUAUGCAUACUCUUGGGGGAGAUACGGUACGAGCACACUAGGCUUCUUACAUAAAAUGACCCGUGUAAUGACUGGCUACAUCCAGUUGCUGUAGGAUAUGCAUUCUUUAUGAGUUUAUGGUUGACAUUUACAAUACAAUAGAGUUUGGCCUGUUUGAUUCCAUCAAAGAGAAAAAACUGAUUGCUUUGCUUUCAUCUAAAAAUGUAGUUUGGCAGUUCAACUUCAACUUAGUUUUAUACAGUUUUGUGUUUAGUCAACUCAUACAUUAGUGAACAGGAAUGGGUUUUUGAGUGAUGGAUACUGAAACAUUUAUGGAAUAUUAUUGAACAGUGGCAUCAGUCAAAGAGGUAUUAUUUUGGUUGAUUUGAUGAGGUAAAGAGAGGUACUUCAACUUCAACACAAAGUGUCGUAUAAAGUGCUGGAAAAGAUCAAGACAGGGAGAUUGAGGAAUAUGACCUGUCAGUGGUGCCUUGCAUCCACCUGUACCCUCUUGUAAUUGUUUCUUUCAAUAUUAUUAGGGAGAUAGAUGUAUAAAUAUUAAUGCUAAAACAUGUAAUUAAUUGUCUCUGACUGAUAGUUGAUAGCAGUGAGAGUCACCAGUGUGAUUGUCAGAUAAUUUUGGAACAUGGAAAAAACACAGAUACUGGCUACAUCUUACCAGACAACAAAGAGGUCAAUCAUGUAUAUGUAUGGAUUUUGUCGAACAAAGUUGGAACUUAGAAAAAAAGGCACAUUACUUAUCAUCUUACUACAGAAUACUUCAUGACAUCUAAAUAGAUUAAAAUAAAUACUGUCGAAAUAGUACGAGAUGGCCGCCCAUCUAGAGAAAAGUGAUUGUCUCAGACAGAUGAACGUCUUACACAGUGUCAUUAUGAUAUUUUAAAAAUACACCAAGUGGGAAGUGGUCGAUUGUACCAAUGACUGUCGUAGGCAGAUGGCUGUUAAAGCUGUUCAAAUGAAAUUUCAUUCUCUAUCGUUUUGGAAAAUGUCAACCCUGAAUAUGAUAAUUAUUUGUGAGGCAACGUGGUGAAAUCCGGCGCUCGUCAAAAUAAUGAAAGUAAAGAAAAUGACUCCUUUUCGCUGGUUUUGCAAUUUCUAUCGAAAUUUUGUUAUUUGGCGCAACACCUUCAAUGUUCAUUUAAAACACGUUUCAGUGUGAGUUGUACUGGAAAAACGUUGAUUUAAGGCACAAAAAGCGACAAUUUUCAGUUUCCAAGGACUCUUAGCCUCUGGAAGUUACCAAACUUUGGCAGCCAUUUUCUCACUAAUUUUACCUCUGAAACCAGGCGCCCCUCGCCUCCUUCAGUAACAAAUAUUUCUAUUUCUAUUUCUAUUCUAUACAGAUUAAUAAAAUUUUCACCGAAAGCAAUGCAAAUAAACAGGCUUUAAGAUGAUACCGAUAACCUCAUAUGCCCCAAAAUUGACGAGCGCCUGAUUCCACCACAUCGUGACACAUUUUCCCCAUGCUCCUGUCAUGAAUACAUGAAUGAGUUAUUUGCAGAAAGAUGAGGAGGGUUCCCUCUUUGUCCUAGUUCCAGUACAUGACUUCGUCUUGUCUGUUAUGUCUGUGAGCUUUUCUCCUGCAUUUGUUCUGAUCAGAUUUGGGGGGAAAGCUGGUUUGACAAUGAUGACCACCAAGAUCUCUGUCUUGUUUCAACUUUGCGGUGAACAUUAGGUUGGAUUUCCCCCCCCCCUUUCCCCAAAUCACAGUUUGUAAUCUACAGGCCCAGAACUUCUUUAAGAAUACAGGGUUAAGUGUAUACUUAUACAUUGUAUUCCUAGUUAAGCUUAAAAAGGCACUAUUUUGAGUUCAAAGCAGCUUCUCCCCCGACUUAAUCCGAGGUGUGGGAAAAACCAUUCUUCGUUUUACUUAUUUUUGAUAGCAGUUCAUUCAUAUGGUGCUUUUUCAUAGAUCUAUAAUAUUAUAUGUAUCAUAAACAUCUAGAACAAAUACUCAGAAAAUCCUGACACGAAUGAGUGACUUUGUAAUGUACAUUUCAUUGUAUGUCUUCAUGACUACAAUAUGAAGUUAUGCAUCUCUCAUCUGCAACAUGCAUAAUCAUUCAAUAUGUCAACAUCUCCAGAAGUAGUAAACAGUGUGUGGAAGUGCCACAGAAUUCCUAAAUCAUCUGUCAUAAAGGAGAGCUCCUUUUUUUCUAUGAUGUGGGGGAAAAUAAAACAAGAGGCAGAAAAAUGUUCAACUUGAAAAACUGGUCCGUGUUUGGUAGGCUAUUAUUUAUUAUUUUUCUGUUCAUUUCCACAUAGCAGUAUAGGUCUAGAGUUUUCACGAGCAAUGAAUAUUGUAACAUCAUCCUGGAAAAAAGUACCAGAGUUUACCGUAGUUUUUAUCCAAAUAACAAUCGUGACCGUCAAGUUUCUCACCUUCUUGAUUGUCUGUUAUGCUACUUAGAAUGCUAUUUAACUAUUUAUUUGUUGUUUAAGAAACUAUCCGUGAGGGUUAGUCAGCAAUAUAACAUCCUAUAGCGCCUUUCAUGUUCUAGACAGUGCCAAAUAAUGUCUUUUGAUCGCACCAUUGAUUCUACUUUGACAUGACCCACAAGUCGAUUGUCUGACAUUCUGCCAAAAAUUUUCAAAGUGAGCAUAAGAGCUGAAGAACAUGUUCUGAAUCAUGUACCAGUAUACUUAUAUAUAUAUGCUUUGGACAAGUUUUUCAUCAAAGAAAGAAGUAUGUAUGUGCCUACCACUACAAACAAGGCUGGGCUUAUAUAUUUGUCUAUUGAAACCUUUUCUCCUUUCCUUUUUCUUUGUUUUUUUAACAAUUAGUCAGUUUCCCUCACCUCUGCAAUGUAUUUCUCAGCUUUAAUAUGACCAGCCAAUACAAACACUCUCCAUUUGUGCUGACUGCUCUCAUAGUUGUAGUUCCAGCAGUAAUGUAAUUUAGGAUAAAGCGAGACAACAGAGGGAAGCACAGAGAGAUACAUGUUAUUGACGAUACUCCAAAUAGUGACAGUGAUGUCGAUUCCUGACUGAUAUUCCCAGAUCUAAUCAUCUGGUUUGUUCUGAAUGCUUUGUGAAAUUAUGUCUGCUUAAAUUCAGCGACAUGUUUGAGCUGGAUAAAAAUUCACGGAAAUGAGUUUGUCCUGAAAUGAAAUGUGCAAAAUUAUCAAAGAUUAUGUGGAAGCAACCGUACAUCAUCUACCCAAAUGAGUUUUUAGUUAAACCUGCAUGGGUUGUUUUGUUUUUUUUUGGGGGGGGGGUUGUUUGUCUCCAGAAUUCAGAGUGCUCAGAACCAUUGUCAAACAUUAUUUUAAAAAUCCUAGCUUGAAAGUUACAAAGCCCUUUGAUCCAGGACUAGGUCAGUCAGUCAAUUUUAUUUUAGAUGACCCACUGUAGCUCCUCCCACCCCGAAUACCGUCAAACGAAUUUUUCCCUGAAUGAUUUUAUUGAUAAGUUUAAAAUUCUUUUGGUUCAGAGGGGCAUAUUUAAAUAAUAUUGAUUCUAAAUGUGUGGCUCAAUAAUUGACUGUAUUGACGGUAAGAGCUGCAAACAUAGUUAAUCAGAGAUUACUACUUUCAAGAAAAACAAUGUGCAAGCAAGGGUGCCAUUAAAUGGAUGAACGCACAAUAUGUGACUGUCGUAUUUCAAAAGUUUCACCUGUUAAAUGUGCGUAUAUGAAGACACGAUGCAAGAGGGUUUUUUAAGCCGUCUUUUCACUGCAGACAAAAAUAAAACCUUACCUAGUUUCAGACUUACACAGUCUGCGACUGUUACCGUCAUAUAUUUUAGAAUGACGUCCAAUAGAGAAACAUGAACCUUAACUUGUCUUUUGAAAAAAAAAA